AUGACCCAAGAUUUCGACAGUCGGGGUGGCAGCAAUCAAGGUGCGGUAGAAAUGGACAUAACGCCUAAUGUAGAGAAUAAGGUCCCGGAAUCUGAGAAGACUAACGAAAUGGAUGUGGAUCAAAAAUUUGAUUUAGAGGAUAGGAUGCGGGAACUUGCAGAGUCAAGAAAGAGAUUGAGCGAAGAAAGUCAAGAACUUGAAAAGGCGAACAAGAGGUUAAGGGAGCUUGAAGAAACUCAUGAGACAUAUAAAAAGAAAGUUCUAGAAUUUGAAGAAACACAAAGAUAUUUAAUGGAUACUCGCCAGAAGCUUGAAAAUGAGAAAUUUUAUUUGGAAAAUAAAAUUACACAAUACGAAGAAAAUAAUAAAACUUUAUUGAAUUAUUGCCAGAAGCUUGAAGAUGAGAAAAAAGACUUGAAAGAGAGAAUUUUAACAUGCGAGGAGGAUCAAAGAAUUUUAAUGGAUAAUAAUCAUAUUCUUGAAAAUCAGAAAAAGGAUUUGGAAGGGAGAUUUUCAACUUUGAAGCAACAAAGCAACCAAAAACUUAAAGAAGCCACCGAAAAAUAUGAGACUUUACACAGUCAAGCUAAAGGGAUUAUUGAAGAAAGAGAACAAACCAUCAACAGACUUCGAGCAGAUAGAAACAAAUAUCGUACCAUGUUUGAGAAAGUAAGUCAAAAAAAUGAGGAAUUGAAAGAAGAGGCAUCCGAGUACCAAUUGGCACUUGGCAACGUAAGGAAUUUUCAUUUGGGCGACAACGAUCAGAACAACGCUGUGCAACUCAACAAUGAUAUUGGAAACUUACAAGAUAUGAUUGAAGAAUACAUUACUAAUUUAAAAGGUGGCGUAAAUCUCAACUACGAUAUGAUAAACGAUCUUUUGGCACAUUAUGGCUCUCAAACGCAAGUCACUCCUCAAGCCCCUAAUAAACCUCUGAUUAAAGCUGUUCUCCAGCGUCUUGUUUUGCGAAGAAUUUUACAACACGCAAAUAAAUAUUUCGAUACACCAGAUCAAUCAUCAGAACUCCUCGAGUCAAACAUUGCUCGUCUGACGGAUGAUUUGACCGAAUGCGUUAAAGAAUUAUCAAAUAAACGAGUCGGAUCCGAUCAAAUAACUCAAGCAGCACCAAUAAAAUUACGCCAACAAGUCUACGCCAUACUUGGUCAUCGUGGAUUCGCAGACUUGCGCGAAGGAAACUCGGCCGUUAUGCAUUCGUUCUUGAAUUAUUAUAAUGAACUUAAUUAUAUGAUAAAUCAAUAUCGUUCGUUCAAAGAUCACACGAAGCAAGUCAAAGUCGAUGAUAUGGCGGUUGAAUUAAUUCGAGAGGUGGUUAGGAUAUUUGAAUUUCGUUUCAAAGUUCAGGAACCAGCUAUUACCUAUCGUUGGUUUAAAUAUGGUGAAAGCAUAGAAAAAAAAUUUAUGAAAGUACAAUGCGAUGACGACGAUUUGAAGAACGCUUGUGUUGACAUUUGUUCUUUCCCCUUAAUCGGAAGGAAUUUGAAAUCCGCAGACUUUCAAAUAUUCACUCAUGCUAAAGUUUUCCCUCGAAUUAAUGAACCUAGAUCAUUAUUUGGUCGUGUGAAAGAUGCAAUUAUCGGAAACAAGGGUGCACAAAGUCAAGAGUUUCAAGUUGGCCAAGAUGCUCAACCUAAAACAGUUUCUUCCAAAAAUAUGGUUACUCUUGAAGUUAGAGCUUCGGAUACUUCUAGGCCUUCUAGAACUGAAGUUCUUGAUGCUCAAAAACCUGACACCUCACCUAAAUCUACAGGUAAUCCUGUUAAUUUUAAUUCUGAAAACAAUCACGAUAGCAGAAAUGCUCCUAGUACCACUAGACCCGAGGAUAAUUCUGAAACUAUUAAAUCUAACACCAAGGAUAUUAACUCCUAUAACCAGGAGGACAAUUCUAAUGCUCAUAAUCCUGACGAUAACACCAAUAUUCUUAAACCUGAGGAUAGUCUUAACUCACCUAAAUCUAAUCUUGACGAUAAUCUUCUUAAUCCACCUAAACCCGAAGAUAAUUAUGGUCCACCUAAAUCUGAUGACAAUAUUAAUACGCCUAAUCCUGAAGACAAACCUGACCCACCAAAGCCUGAAGAUAACAUUAAUCCGCCUAAACCCGAAGAUAAUCGCGAUACAUCUAAAGUUGAAGAUAGUCUUAAUCAACGUAAACCCGAAGAUAGCAUUAUUCCAUCUAAGCACGAAGAAAAAUAUAGUCAAUUAAAAUCCGAAGAUAAUUGUGAUCCACCUAAAGAUAAAGAUAGUCUCGAUCAACGUAUGCUCGAGGAUAGCUGCAAUUCUCCUAAAUCCGAAAACAAAUCCGACUCACUUAAACCCGAAGAUAAUAUUAAUUCAUCUAAACUUGAAGAGAAACAUAGUCAACUAAAAUCCGAAGAUAAUUGUGAUCCACCUAAAGAUGGAGAUAGUCUCAAUCAACGUGUGCUCGAGGAUAGCUGCAAUUCGCCUAAAUCCGAAAACAAAUCCGACUCACAUAAACCCGAAGAUAACAUUAAUUCAUCUAAGCAUGAAGAAAAACAUAGUCAACUAAAAUCCGAAGAUAAUUGUGAUCCACCUAAAGAUGGAGAUAGUCUCGAUCAACGUAUUCUCGAGGAUAGCUGUAAUUUGCCUAAAUCCGAAAACAAAUCUGACUCACUUAAACCCGAAGAUAAACUUGCCUCGUUUAAACCUGAAGAUAAAGUCAUUCCGCCUAAGCAUGAAGAAAAACUUAAACCCGAAGAUAGUCGCGGUCAACCUAAAGCUGAAGAUAUUUUCAAUAAACAGAAACCCGAGGAUAGUUGCAAUCCACCUGAAUCCGAAGGAAAUCUUAAUACACAUAAUCCUGAAGACAAGCCUGACCCACUAAAACCUGAAGAUAACACUAAUUCAUCUGAACAUGGACAUAAACAUAAUUCACUUAAACCUGGGGACGAGGACAAUUGUGAUUCACUUAAAACUGAAGAUAAUCUCAGUCAACGUAAACCUAAAGAUAGUUGCAAUUUAUCUGAACUUGGGGGCAAUAUUGAUCCUCCUAAACCUGAAGAUAAACUCAAUCCACCUAGGCCUGAAAAUAAACCGGACCCACCUAAACCUGAGGAUAAUUGCAAUUCUCAUAAACCUAAAGAUAAUUGCGACGCAUCUAAAACCGAAGAUAGUUUAAUUCAACGUAAACCUGAGGAUAAUUGCAAUCCACCUAAAUCUGAAGGCAAUAUCAAUCCUCCCAAAUCUGAGGAUAAGCUUGACUUGCUUAAACCUGAAGAUAACGUCAAUCCACCUAAAAGUGAAGAAAAGCUUAAUCAACUUAAACCUGUAGAUAAUCGCGACCCACCUAAAAUUAAAGAUAACUUCAAUCAGUGCAAACCUGAAGAUAUUC